GUUUGUUGCGUUCAAUCGAUGACUCGAUUUAUGGUUUGUUUUGAUUGAGUUUUGAGCCGAAGAUCACAUCCCAAGACAUGACCACAACUCUCAACAAGUUCUGUGUGUUAACCGAUUUGAAGGCAUUGAAGCAAAUACUGGUUCCCGACUAUCAGACCAUUCAAGAGAGGAACAGAGAUGACGAUUACGACAAUCGUUGGAAUUGGCAAACGAGUCACUUCUUGGACAAAGCCGACGAGCAGUCGCUGGCCGUCGACGACAGCGAUUGGAUGCAACGGUUGAUGGCAUCGGUGGUCACAUUCAGUCCGUUAUCCGAUUUGAUGGCAUUCGCCAAACAAAGCCAUUUAGCCGUUUAUAAACUCAAGUCUUCGGACAACGCGUCCGCGAGUGAUCCCAACGCCGACUGCGGCCGCGAAUUGCAGCUCAGUUUUGAGACACAACUGACCGCCGGUCAGGACCUGUUCGAAGAGAUCACUUCACUUCUAUUGGUUCCCAUUGUAUCGCAACAAAAGUCUUCGUUCGCGUUCAACGACUGGACGGCCAUUAUUAUCGGUUUCUCUUCCGGUUAUCUCCGUAUUUAUACCGAAAGCGGGAAACUAUUGUUAAGUCAAUGCCUUCACGACGAGCCCAUCAUUGACAUCAAGUGUCACACAUUCCGGGCCAACUCCUCAUCCGAUUCGGACCAACUGUUAGUGAUUCACACGACAACUGUUGUCAUUGUCGACGGUUUCAGUCUCUAUCAGACAUUGCGUUUGUGUCGCAAUCGUUUGGCCAAAAAUCAGAGCACCAGUGGCUCUGACCUGUCGUUUAACUAUAAGAAAUGGAAACUCGACGAAAGUGAACGCAUUCAGGACUGUUGUCUGUGUGGACCCGUUUCCACCACUGUUUACGAUAGUUAUGUGUCUCACUCUGUAAAAGGCCCAUAUGGACAGCCGCCACCUCUUCCCACCUCUGCCGACCAAUUGAUCACUUGCGGCGAAAAUCCAUUCGUUGGCUUUUAUACCGCAUUUGAGCCGACGCCCGCCAUUAUCAACGAAUUAACGCAAGCGAUGGUCACUAAAAUGAAAAACAUAAUACCAUUUGGAGGUCUGUUUGGCGGCAACAAAGGCAACGACGAAAAGGAUCCCAAAUCAGAGUCGGCCACAGUUUUACCCUUAAAGUUGGGAUUGUUUGACGAACGACGCGCUCUCUCGAUGACAGUGUCGCCCAACAAGCGUUUGGCUGCCGUUGUGGACGAUUACGGGAGAGUGACUCUGAUUGAUGUGAGCGCACGGCUGGCCGUACGCAUGUGGAAGGGCUACCGCGACGCUCAGGUCGGUUGGAUUGAAGUGCAAGAGGAGCCCAAUGGCGGACCCGCCACCAAACGGGCCUCAUUUCUGGUCAUAUACGCGCCCAAACGUGGUAUCCUUGAGAUCUGGUGCACGCAAAUGGGUCCGCGUGUGGGCGCCUUCAACGUCGGCAAGACUUGUCGACUGAUUCACUGUCAGCACUCUAUUAUGGGAUUGAAUGCUCUACUCAUCCAACAGUUCAAAGAUGUGAUCGAUCUCGAGAAGAGUCGCUGUUUUCUCUUUGAUUACAGCACUGGUGUUGUCUAUAAUAUAGAGGUUCCCUUCCUGUGCGCUCUCACCGAUCCCAACAGCAAACGUACCCGAGAUUUGCAUCUGUUUAGGGAAUUGCAGAAUGUGUUGAAAACUAGUGGCAAAUCAAUAGCUGUCGACAAAGUGGUUGAAUUGGUUUUGAUGUUGAAAACGGCUGAAGUCCGCAAAGACUGUCUGAAGGAGUUGUGCGCAACGCCAGACCUCCGACUCAUUCAAAUCACUGCCACAAAACUGAGGGAACAAUUGAUGAUUAGUUUGGAGAGAAAUGAAUUAGAUUUUGAAAACAAACUCAUCGCUCAAAUGUGUUCACGGAUUAUACAAUUGUGUCGUUUGUACGAAACCAUUGAAACCAAAAGCCCAGACAAUAGUUACAUGAGUGAGAGUUUGUGUUCGCCUGACAUACAGGAGCUGAUGGAGAGUCUGAAUUGGACGGGCAGUGAUAUCGCCAGAAUUAUCUCAUUUUUAGCUUUUAAAGACGCUCUGAUCACCGGUCGAAGUACUGCUACUACCGCUGCCGAUGACGCCAAUCAAACUGUUGCCACAAUCGCCGAUAUAUUGUCUCAAUUUGUUCUCUAUUCUAAUCAUAUUGUUAAAAGUGGUGACCAAGAAGUCUACACCGAUGUUCCCAUUGAACUCCAUAUUGAUGUAAAUGUUGACAAAACACAAACCAAACAAUUACUAGCUUUGACAUGGCUUUCAUUAGAAUCGUGUAAUUACUGGAAGUGUUGGUUGUAUUUCAAUAAUUCAUUGGAUGUGUUGAUGGCUCUGACCAAAGAGGAUAAAAGCGAGACAAUGAUUAUGACUGAAACAUGUGAUGACGAAACAGAUUCGCUUUCCAAUCAAUGGACAGAUAUUCUUGAGAUUAUAUGCGACUCAAACAAUAUAAUGGCCGCUUUGAUAGCCGUUCACGUGAUAAAAGCGGCCAACGGUCGCGAAACGGCCCAAUCCAAGCCAUUAGACAAUAGUGCGGACACAGAGUGGGAAACACUUCAUAUCGCCAAUGAAAGCCUUAAUUUAUUGAUUAAACAAUUGGAAGAUUUGUUUCUAUUGGAUAUGUUAUUGCAUUCCAAUCGCGCAGAAGAUCCGGAAGAGGAUCCGUCCCACGAACCCAAUGGGCCCAACAUUUCUCUGUCUUAUAUGUUGGGCAGCGGUCCGGGAAUUGUGAGCGAAUUAGUGGCCAAAUGGGCCAUCAAUUCAAAUAUAAUGCCCGAUAUUAUCAACAAAUUGAUUAGCGAGCCGUCAAUACUGUCGGAUAGCAAUCAACAGACGGAUCCAGAUGUGGACGAUGUGGUGAUGGGAGAGGAAGCUCUCGAGGGCCACAAUUUAGACAUUAAGACGACAACAGAGCUGAUCGAUCAUUUGCGGCGCCGCUUCCCCAACAGUCUGGAGUCGGACGUACUUCUGGUGAACAGUUGUUGGGAACUAAUGGUUCGCUGGAAUAAAGAUCCGUCAAUUGUGGACAACUCGCUAACCGAUGCGCUCGAGUACUUGAACUUUGUGUCGAGUGCUGUACUCAAACACAACGCGGCGUGUCUUAUGUGGAAGACAUACGUAUUGAAACGGUUUGAGUGUUUGUCACAACUGAUGGAAAAGAUGGGCCGAACGCCAAAGGAUCGCAUUUGCAAGAAGGAGUUGGGCAUCAAUGAGAACCGCAUCGAGUCGUUCGUCAACUUCGCCCAACAGCUCUUCGAUCUGAUCCUUAACGCCAAUAUGUUGGCAGAGAUGGAACCGAUGCCACUCUUCUCGGUGGACGACUGGUGGAAACCAACAGCCAGUCCGGCGUUCGCUCAGCACAAUAUCAAUCAAUCGGUUCCACUGGUAGUGCUGGCCGUGCAUCAGAAGAUAGCCAACGGGGCCCUAGUCUUAGAACACUCCCGAUUGGCGACAAUCAUACAGUUUAUUGUCAUUUUUCAGCUCAAGAGCUCUAAACCUCUGUCGCUGUUUCCCAUUGAAGUACAACAAUAUUUAUUCAAAGAGUUGCAUACAUUUCCCGUUGUGUCCACGAAUGCCAACAUUAGUCUCACUGAACGGCGGACUAAAUUUUUAUUAAACUCCGUUUCGGCUAUUGUCCAGACACUGCCCGUACAUAACGAAACCGAUUCCGAUUCCCAAUACAUUGUCGAGCAAUCAAAGCAUUAUUCCGAAGCAAACAAAUGGUUCGGGAAAGCAGUCACUCUAUCGCGAGAAUGGGAGCUAAAUGUCGAUGAGAUUCGCCGCAAAUAUGUCUACGAAUUAUAUUUUUACGGUUGCGAUCCAUUGGCCGAAGAGGCAAUUACAGCGGUGGUAGACGGCGUGAGUUUGGGCACAGAGUUGUUAACAGUGGCCGGAAUGCGGGUCUUGAACGGCAUUAAUGAUAAAUACGGUUCUGUGGAACAGAUGCAUACUCUGCCUACAAAUGUCUUAUUUUGGUUGAAAUCAUUGAAAGAGGAGACGAGUUGUUAUACCGGUUCCCCAAUGAGGGCCACAAUAGCACUGCUUCAACACAUCUCUAACUAUGUCUACAACGAUAAACAAAACGCAAGAAUUUGUGACACUUUGAUAGAAACGGUGCGACUCUUGAACUAUAAAUGACACCAAAAUUAAUUAAACACUCAUUGAAUCC